AUUCAAAUUCACCGUCUGGUUUACUCUUUCUUGCCGGAUUCAACUGUUCUCCCCCUUUUACGAUCGAGCACAAAACCCAGCCGGAGGAUUUCAGGCGGCAAACAAGAGACUAUGGCCGUUCCCAGAGACAGAAUAAGCGCCUUGCCGGAUGACGUCAUCUGUCACAUCCUCUCGUUCCUCUCAACACGGAGAUGCGUGCAGACCAGCAUUUUGGCAAGAAGGUGGCGGUCCCUGUGGGCCCAUUCCCCCAUUUUGGAUUUCGACUUUAUGGCAGAAUUGUCUGAAUAUUGCGACAACAUGGUAGAAAUCAUUAACAAGGUUAUGUUCUGGUACAAAGGGCAAAACCUAAGUACUUUUCGCUUAGCAAAUGAUGACUUCUGCUACUCUCAGGAUGAAAUAUAUGCUUGGAUUGCCAGUCUCAUUUCGUCUCUCAUUUCUUGCAAUGUCCGGGAUCUUAAUAUUCUGUUAGAUGUUAAAAUGCCUCUGUGUCUGUUUUCGUGCGAAACCCUCAUUGAUUUGACUCUUUCUUAUUGUUGCUGUGACUUGCCUUUGACCGCCACUAUAUAUUGCCUUCCCUGAAGAGGCUUCAACUUUACUCAGUUGAGUUUGAAUGUGACGAAUGCUUUACGUGCUUGGUUUCUGGUUGCCGGGUGCUUGAGGAGUUGAGUUUGCUGUCGGACACUUUGCUAAGCUGUUUUGUGUCUUCACCUUCUCUAAUUAGGCUCAAACUCAGUACAGAUUGUGAUAUAGAUAGUGAAACGGUCUUGAGGGUGAAGAUAGAUACUCCGGCACUUAGAUAUCUUGAAUUACGUGAUAUUAGAUCUGAGAAUAUCUUUGCCGAGGGGUUUGCAUCCUUAGUUGAGGCAGAUAUAUACAUAAAUCUCGUUGAGCCGAUUGAAGAUGUUGUUUCUUAUUCUCAUUCUGUGAUGGGAUUUGUCAAUAAGCUGUGUAAUGUGACGUGCCUGAAUUUAUCAACCCGAACGAUGGAGGUUCUUGAUUCUGCAUUUCAUGCAUUGGUUGUAAAGUUCCCAAAUUUAACCAAACUAGAGUUUUCGGCAGACGUCCGUUUUUUCCCAUUUCUCCUUGAAAAUGCUGACAAUCUCGAAACAAUCACAUUCGGUUCAUUGUAUGGAGAUCCAGAACGCUGGAUUGAGCCCAAAAAAGUGGCACCGUGCUUGGUAUCACAUCAUCGAACACUGAGAGUUACUUACUUUGGCUUUACUGCUCUACAGUUUAACAUUGUAAGAUAUAUUUUACGGAAUGCUAAAGUCUUGAGGAGGAUGGAAAUACAAACCCGAGACUGUAACCUGAAGAAAAAACGUAAAGCGAUCAAGAUAAUAUCAUCGUUUGAGAGAGGAUCUGAGGCAUGUCAAGUUGUCAUCCUUUGAAAAUUGUCCUAGGGUGUGUGGAAUUAUCAGCUUUCUCAUAUUGAUCUGAAGUUGAUUGUUGCCAUAUUAUCGAACAACCUCAUAUAUGUGGCUUGCUGUCUUAUGUAAUGCAUCUCCAGUUAGUUCUAUAACUUUGUUGUCCUCUGUUUGAUUUCAUUCGGAUGGCCUGUGAAAGACACUCUUACUAUAUUACCUUCCACUCGAAAGCUAGUUUCAUCUUUUCCGCCUCACUCUUAAUCUCAUUACAGGUCGAAACUCGAAAGAGAAUGAGCGCUCAUAAGCGAACAAUUUGCACUAUGUUGAGUAUGUUGACUAUGUUCUAUUCCAAGGACUGUGCC